AUGGGUGUCAGAAUUUAUGAUUAUUGGAAAAACUCAAGUUCCCACGAGCUCAGGCCGUUUCUCUGCGAUGAAUGUAAAGAAGGCGGCGAUUUGUAUGCUCAAUGUUAUGAAAAUGAAAUUUCUACGAUAAAAAUUUUAAUGAAAAAUGGAGGCGAAAUUCUGUCCGAAAAUUCUUUAGAAAAUAUUUUACAAACACUCAAUCAAUCCGAAGUUUCUUCAGCCGAGGUUCAAACCACUGUAUCACUUUUCUGCGGCUGCUCAAACAACUUUCAAUUCCGAAAUGGCACCUGCCAAUUGAUCGACCAUUACUCACAUCACUGCCAAGAAGAUGAGAUUUUCGGAAUAAACCAGUGCAAUAAAAUCACCAACGCCUCACCAAUCGAAGAAACUAUUUGCCAUGAAGAUGACUGCUCCAGUGUUGUUGCCUUUGAAGAAUUAUGUUUUAAUGAAGAAGAUACACUUGACGACGAAUGUUUCGAAUGUGCCCAUGAUAUCGCUGAAGAUGUAGUCAGGCGAUUCGAAGUAAUAAAGAAGAACAUGUUCGAUGAAUACCGAAAGAAAAAGAAACGAAAGAAGAGAAACACUUCCGAUAUCAUCGACGACAUUUUCUUCUUUGAUACAAAGUGGACUUAUCGAAUCGAUUCGACGAAAGAAUACGAUGAUCUGAAAAGCAAGUUAAUAAAGGACGCCCUCCCAGAUGACAUAGAAAUACCAGCGUACUUGGAACUUCUAGAAUCCUGCUCUGAUUGUGCGGUUCUCGAUGACUCACCAGAUCCGGAAAUGGUGGAAGAAAUUCUCUCCAACUUCGAUCCCGACAAGCCGGAUUUCUCAACCCUUGGUGACCCAAUGGUUGACUCUCUAACCGGAGCAAUGAUGGACGUAGACCUCUGCACUGCCGUCAAUCGGCAAUUGAUUCUCACGCUUUAUGCAAAAGGAACUGCGCCGUUUCAGGGAAAAGUGCUCGGAAUUCCGGCGGAAUUGAGACCAAUCGUAGCAGUUUUAAUCAAUCAGGACUCGCCCUACAAUGUCACCGUGACCAUUUUGAACACGGAUAUUUGGAAAGAAAGCGGCCAGGAGUUCUUUUUCGUGAACUUGAAAGACUCUGGCGGGAAAGAAGGGAGCGUGUAUGUAAAAGUCUCAAUGGAUAGUUGCAACAAAGCUGCGGAAACAGACGCCGAUUUGUCCCUCCGAGCGAAUCUCAAAGUCGUCCAGGCCAGUUUGAUAAUCAAAAACUUGAAAAAAGAAGAACAUGAAAGUGCAGUUCAAAUUUCCUCCGAGCAAAUUUACGCGGUCCUCAACGGAAUCAACGCUCUCAAAAGUGUCGAAUUCGAAACCUUUCGAUUCGCGGAUCGAUCUUCUUGCGCUCCCCUAAGCUUUCCUCUCGAUGGAGUGAGCCUCAAAUCUGAUGGCUGCACCAUUCGAAGAGACAAUCAUCUCCAAGCAAAGACGGAAGUUGACCAUCGUUUUCGAGAUAAACUCGACGAACCUUACGAACCAACAGUUUUCGUCCGCGAGUUUGGGAACAUCUGGUUCGAUUGCUUCACCGACGAAUGCACGAUUCUCGACUUUAUCCUUACCAUGUAUGACACGACCAUGACCUUCGAUGGGCUGAGCUUCGAUGACAGUCUUUUCAAAGGACUAAAUUUGGCAAGUGAACGAACCGCACUGCUUCUCAACAAGGAGAAUCAAGUGAGAGCAGCAAGGCCCACGAGACCGAUUGACUUCGCUCAAGCGCAGAAUAUUGGGAAUGUGCUCAUUUCACUGAGUGUGCUUUACUACUUGUAUUGUGUUUACAAAUUGGUUUUUCAGUCCUAUUCAAAAUCAAUUCUCUGGAAACUCCUCAAUGUUGUCACACUCACACUUGUUGUUGCAUCUGUUUAUAUGGAGACUCAAACCUUCAUUUAUUAUCUUGAAGGGCAGGGAUUGAUGUAUUCGCCGACCUUCGUUGUGGUCAUUUUUCUUGGAUAUCUGCCGAUUAUGAUCAUGAUCGUUUUGAUGCUAAGAGGAUUUGUUUUGGUCAGAUAUUUCAGACUCUGGAAGACGACGAGCUAUUACAAGCUCUAUCCGAUGCAGAUGAUAGUUCUCUUAAUCAACACGAUCUUCCACGAUCUCCCCGAAAUGAUCCUGCUCUACUUCUACUACACUCGCUACAAACCUCCAUCUUUCGAUCUUCGACUGACCGCCCUUGCCAAUUCCUUCAUAUCUCUCUGUGUCGCGCUCAUCGGAACCGUGACCCAAUCCAUCGGUGUUUAUCGCUACCAAAAGCUAUUCAAAAUGGGUCCUUCAAAAAUUCUCAUCUUCAUUUCUGUCCUCCCUGUUAUUUUGGUCACUCCUCUUAUGAAGAUAUCAGUUCUGCUCUCGACUAUUUUCUCCCAAAUGGUGACCUACACGACUGGAAACACAUAUGACAUCAAGAAGCAUACACUCAACGACAUUCAGAUUGUCGACGGAAGAACUGUCAUGAAUAUAACAAGUACAGACAAUGAGUUUGUGCCCGUUACCUCUGCGAUCCAGGGGACAAAUAUUGCCAAACAUGCACUUUGCGUAGACACCGAAAUCGUCUUCCGAAAUGCCUCUUUCGCCCUCAACUCUGAACCCGAACCUUUCAAGUCCGGAUGCCUGAAUCAACUCGAAUGGGUUUUGAUCGGAGCAACUCCAGUGCUCAUCAUGGGGCUGGUGUCAUUUAUCUUCCUGCUGAGAAAAGCGUGGCCAUUUUUGAACAUUCCUUGUCUUUGCUGGGGCCUUUGUCCGGCAGAUGACAGGAGUUACAAAAGAAGACCAAGUGCUUUUGCCGGGUUGAGUCUUGCGAUGGUCAACUUAUUCGCGAGAAUUCCUGAGCGACUUCAAAAACCGAGAGAGAGCUUUAUCGGACUCAUGCGGCGGAGCACCUUAUUUGUUCCUGAAGAAAGUCACGAUAACGUCUCCAAAGCCCGGAGAUCUACUAUUGCUGCGUCAAGACCGACGGUUCUAGAAGCUAUCCCGAGCUCUUCGAGUCCAAGAAAGACCGUUGUGAUAACGGAGACUCUCAAGUCAAACGAAAUGCGCCGUCCAUCAAUUUUGAAGAUGAAUUCUAGCGCACCGGAGUUGAGCGAAAUUCGCAAGAGAAAAAGUGUGCUUUUUGAUCUUCAGGAAGCGCCAGAAUCUUCCUCAAGCGAAGAAGAAGAAGAAAACCCGAUUUACAAAGCGCUUCGAGAAGAGGACCUCAUCGGCUUUGUCGACUCCGACGACGAUGUCAAAAACGUCCCGUGCUUUGUAAAAAUCGACAAGGAAGAGAAAAAGAAAUCGAAAAAAGCGAAAAAGUCGGGAAAGUCGAAAAAGAAAUCAAAAGAAGAAAUUGUCACUUCUCAACCCGCACCACCCUUGUCCGCUGCAGAACAGAAACUUAUUGAUGACAUUUAUAAAUAA